AUGGGUUUCGUGUUCAAUGGCAGUGGGUUCAACCGGCGCACGUACGCGCUGACCGUGACGAAUCCCAGGAACGCCGCAGCGUUUUCCCGGGCCCCGCAGCCCCUGCCGCCGCCACCGGCGACUUUCUCCCAAAAGCCGCCCGUCGCAACUGAUGGAAAGAGGCCGGUCCCAGCAGGCUCAUCGGACGGCGCGGAACACGGCAAACGGGCCAAGGCCACCCAUUCUGGGGGCACGGCUGUGUCACGUGGGGCCGGGGGUCUCCAAGGGGCCUUUGUCCCCGCGGAAAACGAGCCGCGGCACACGCUUCCACGGCGGGCUGUACUCACCAUCUCAUCGGCUCCAGCACAUCCAUCGCCACCGCCGACUUUGGUGGAUUUGCCGCCGGAAAUCUUGUACCGGGUGUUUUGUUUCGCAGGGCUCGGCAGCGCCAACCGCCUCGCCCACACGUGCUCGUAUUUGCACGGGCUUCUCGACUUCACGCGCAACGACUACUUGCUAGAAAAGCUCGUGCGGAGCUGCUUGCUCCUUGAUUUGGCCAAGGGCACCCGCACACGUGACUGGGUCCUGCGCUUCGCCAAGCGGUACGCCGACCUUCCCGAGAAUGUCCGGGGCUCGCCGGCCUUGGAAGCGGCGUUCCACGUCCCGGUCAGGGCUGCGGCCACCACCCGGGCCAUCGACAGCACUGUGUUUUCUUUCCCCGGCAUGGGCGGGCACCAUGUCCGGUUCUUGCACCUGCGUUUCGGCGGCAUAGCCGUGGCGCGUCGUGCGGCGGACCGCCAGCGCAAGUUGAAACGGAGAUACUUGGAGUGGCGGUACAUGGUGUUCAAGGCAUUUGUGGCUCUGGCCAUCGAGGACCCCGACACGCCUGCUCAGGUGCUCCUCACGGAGGCCGAGGCCCUGGAGCAGUGUGCCCAGUAUAUGACGGCGCACGGCUUAGGCGGGUUCGAGCCGCUUGUGGAAAGUGGUGCCGUGCCGGGCCAUUUGUACAGGGCCGUGGGCCCGGCAAGUAUCGAGACGAUCCGCGAGCUCGGCAACACUUACGGCAUGCGUGUCGGCCUGCCUGCGCCGCUUGUGGCGUCGUUCUACAGAACCAACGCCGACGUGGGGUUUCCGGGCGACUUGCUCGAUGUUCUUUUUCUGUUGGCCUUUGAGAAAUCCGCCACGGACCGCGAGAUUGCCGAUGCGCUAGCCGUGUAUUGCUGGUUGAAAGACCGGGCCGAUGCCGGGCACGCGGUCCCGGGCUUUUUGCAUGCGUUUGGCCGGUACCACGACUUUGUCAUUGGCAUGCUCACGAUAUACUUUUCAGCCAGUGCGGACGAAAACAGCAGUGGUGUGUGGGACCGCCUCAAACAGGCACAGAUUCCCGAGCUCUUGGAUCACGUGGUGGGCUUGGGCGUGUCGGUGCCUCUCCAUAUAUUCUAG